CAGAAUAUAACGAUUUGCGCCAAUUCUGCAACCAGCUAUAUAGAAGUACAACCGACCCAUCUAGGCCCUUGGAUAAGGUAAAGGAGUAAUGUAUAGACCUACUAAUUUGUUAUAACGUCUUUCAUUUUAGUGUGUAUGCUUGAAAAUUAUCGCAUAGAGAUAUUAAGCCACUCCGUACUCGCCAACAUUGUUUCUUUUCCUAACUCACAAGGGGAUCCCAUUGACGAACCUGUCUAGCUUUACAUCCUGCUCAUUGGAGAAUUCGGGCUCUAUCUCACAAUGGACCUGGUUGAUGUUCAGACAACCCUCCAAAGGUUUGACACGCGCCAUCUGGAUGCUGUCUCUGGACAGAUUGGUGCUCACUCGUGGUAGCUGCCAGUCUGUAUGCUCGUCCACCAAGUCUUCAAGAGCCGCAAAGAAUUCAAAAUGUCAACCUGCGGGACUCGCACCUCAGCAUCGUUUGAAGAUGAUGUUAGCGGCUGAGACGGAUGCGCUAGGAGGGCAUGAAUUCUCAUGGGUUGGUCCAUUGAUACGGUUGUGGAGUUCAAACUGGAGGCUUUCUGUUUCCCUUUGCGGUCUCUUUCUUUCUCUGCUUAUAGGGUUUCUCGGAUGUUGUAAGGAACGUCGUCAUGACCUUGGCAGUUGCUCUUGUAUGCCUAUUAAAUUCUCACAAAAUACGCCAAGCAAUAGAAUAACUAGUCGUUAUUCAUAAUGUAAUGUUUGCCAGGGUCUCAUCGUAUUUCUACGGAAGGAAUCUAACUUGCCACGUAGCUAGGGCUUUGGAGAAGUCAAAG